AUGAGUAUCAUUGUGCAAGCUGCUACGAUAGAAUUGGACGCUCUGACAAAGCGUGUCAAGGCCAGCUAUUAUCAUACUAAAAAAAAACCAGACGAAGAACAAAAUCAAUUUGAAAAUGAUUACAAACUACUAACCAUGUCCGAUGCAAAUCAUUUUCAAAAUGAGAUUACGACAAGUACAAAUAAUAACGAUGCGAAUGCGGGAAUGGGUCGGUCAGUUAGUAGUGCUCGUUUUCAAAUAGCGAAAGUAUCAGAUAACGACGCAAGUGGACAGGAAUCCUUAGGAAAAGCCACGAGUAUUCCAAGUAGUUUAUCGUCAGCUGUCCAACCAUCAGCAGUUCCAAAUCAUAAGAAAAUCAAAAUUUUAAUCGGUGCCGACGAUGAUAGUGAAUACAGUAGCACAACAUCUGGUUUACUUCAACCACAGAUCAACAUUACUUUCAGCACUCCGCCAAUUGACGAUCACCAGAAAGAGCCAUGUGCUUAUGAUACUAUUGAUGCAUUACCUCACAUUGAUCAUUAUCGUAAUCUAUUUUCGAUCACAUCGCCUGAAUCAAAAACGCGACCAACGCUCGAAGCUUUACAUGAAACAACGAAUAAUUCAUCAAAACUUCGACUAGGAUCGACGAUUGAUCUGAAUAGUGAGAUGGUGAGUACAUUGAUGCCACAAAUGGAUCAACCAUCACAAAUGGAUAACAAACCAAAAAUUGAAGUUGUUAAAUUUGGUUGGAUCGUUGGUGUUCUUAUUCGCUGCGUAUUGAAUAUAUUCGGUGUUAUGCUCUUUCUUCGUUUAUCAUGGGUUACUGGCCAGGCUGGUAUCGGACUGGCGUGCGUUAUUGUUAUCGUUUCUACGGCAGUUACAGUUAUAACAGCUAUUUCAAUGAGUGCUAUUUGUACAAAUGGCGAAGUGAAAGGCGGCGGAACGUAUUAUCUCAUAUCACGUAGUCUUGGACCUGAAUUUGGUGGUGCUAUUGGUUUAAUCUUUUCAUUUGCUAAUGCAGUAGCUGCUGCAAUGUAUGCAAUUGGUUUUGCAGAAACUGUUCGUGAUAUUCUCAAAGAAAACAAUGUGAAAAUGUUCGGUAUUAUUAUCGAAGGUGAUUCUGUUAAUGUCGUUCGAAUCAUUGGUGUUAUUACAAUGACAGUUGUACUAUGCAUUGCGUUAAUUGGUAUGCGGGGUGAAACUGUAGUACAAAUCACAUUAUUAAUAACACUAUCAGCAUCUUUAUUAAACUUUUUCAUUGGAUCUGUUUUACCACCGACAGCUUAUAAACGACGACAUGGCUUUGAAGGAUAUUCAUGGAAAAUCAUUAAAGAAAAUUUUGGACCUAACUUUACAAAUGGUGAAACAUUCCAAAAUGUUUUUGGAGUCUUUUUUCCUUCAGUUACUGGCAUUCUCGCUGGAGCAAAUAUAUCUGGCAAUUUAAAAAAUCCAUCCAAAGCUAUUCCACUCGGGACAAAUGUUGCCAUAGGUUUUACUUCGAUCGUUUAUCUCACUUUUUGUAUUGUCUCGGGUUGUACAACCAGACGAGAUGUUAAUUUACCUUUCUAUGAACGAAAAAAUGGUAGUAUGAUACAAAUAGUCAACUGUAGUUUAGUUUCUGAUGAUAAAAACUGUAAAUCAGGUUUAAUUUACAAUUAUCAAACAAUGAGAAUGAUCUCAGCCUAUGGCCCAAUCAUCAUCGCUGGCAUCUUCGCUGCGACAUUAUCGAGUGCGUUAGGUAAAAUUCUAAUUGUUUGUUUUCAAUCGUUUGGAGACGAAGUUGUUUGUUCUCUAGCGAGUCUUGUUGGUGCUCCGAAGGUAUUUCAAGCUGUAUGUCGUGAUAUGAUCUUUCCUCGAUUGAAAUAUUUUUCUGUCGGGAAUGGUAAAACGGAUGAACCGCAUCGCGCUUAUUUCUUAACAUAUUUCAUCGCUCUUCUAUUUACGGCUAUUGGUGAAUUGAAUGUUAUUGCACCGAUUAUCUCUAAUUUCUUUCUUAUGACGUAUGCACUUGUUAACUAUUCGUGUUUUGAUGCAUCGUUGGCUACAGCGAGCGGUUGGAGACCUGCUUUUCGAUAUUAUAACAAGUGGCUAGCAUUGACUGGUGCAUUGUUAUGUAUUGCAGUAAUGUUUAUCAUCAACUGGUGGGCAGCAUUGAUAACAUUAGUGAUUAGCAGUGGUAUAUUUCUCUAUGUUCGAACAACGAAACCUGAAAUUAACUGGGGAUCCUCGGUACAAGCUCAUACUUAUCGUCGAGCGUUGGAUGCGACAUUGAAAUUGAGAAGUGUGCAAGAACAUGUGAAGAAUUUUCGACCACAAAUAUUAGUAUUAACCGGAAAUCCUAUUUGUCGACCGGCGUUAGUUGAUCUAGGAACAUCGGUAACUCACGGUCAUAGUUUAAUGAUUUGUGGAAAUGUUGUUUUGAAUGAUCCAUCAGUGAAUAUUAAAUUAUAUGAUCAAAGAGAACACGGAGAAGCUUGGUUAAAAAAACGAAAUUCCAAAGCUUUCUAUCAACCUAUUGUUGCCUCGACUCUCCGACAGGGAACCAUGGCAUUAUUACAGUGCGUCGGCGUAGGUAAGAUGCGACCCAAUGUCGUUUUCCUUGGUUUCAAAAAUGAUUGGACGACAAUACCUGAAGCAACUAUCGACUAUUUCAAUAUCAUUCAUGAUGCAUUGGAUCUGAAAUAUGCCGUAGGAAUUCUUCGUCUUCAAACAGGACUUGAUUUUAGUGAUUUUUUUGGACCUGAUCUGCCCGGAGAUCCCGAUGACGAUGACGAUAGUGACGAUGAAGAUAAAAACGACGAAAUCAUCUCAUCGAGCGCUUUACGAAGUGGUGCACGUUCAGCAACGCCGCAUCAAACCGAUGUGUUGAUGUUAAAAAAUACGAUCUUAAAUAAAGGUGCUCUAGUAACUAUGAAUGUAUUCCAUCCUAAACAUUCAUCCACGACGAUUAUCGAUGUUUGGUGGCUAUUCGAUGAUGGUGGUUUAACAUUAUUGUUACCUUAUCUCUUACGACGACGAAAGCGUUGGCGUAAUUGUCGAUUUCGUAUAUUUUCAUGUAUUUCAGGUGAAAAAGCUGAAGCUGAAAAACAACAUCUAUCGAUGGCAUCAUUAUUAGCUAAAUUUCGAAUCAAUUACUCGGAUUUACACGUUCUCCAUGGAUUGAAUAAGUCACCCAACGAAGCUGAAUGCGAGAGAUUCCAACAAACUUUGAAAACUUGGAAUCAAAAAAAUGAGAAUUAUCUCAUCACUGAUCGAGAAUACGAAGCUAACAAAGAUAAAAUCAAACGUGGUCUAAAAUUACACGAAUAUCUCUUAGAACAUAGUUCCAAAUCGACUCUCAUCGUUGUUACAUUGCCCAUUCCACGUAAACAAUCGAUCUCUGCUGGACUGUAUCUUGCUUAUUUAGAUGCAAUUAGUUAUAACAUGCCACCCAUCUUGUUCUUACGUGGUAAUCAAAAGAAUGUUCUUACGUAUUAUUCAUAG